GAAUUCAAACGAUGUUUUUACUUUGAACACCGAUUAGUGUGAAGAGAGUGCUCAAAAUGUCAGCUUCUAUUGAUCAAAUAUCUCGCACUGGCUUGUUAGACUUACCUUGUCAUCGUUUACUUGAAGUUCAUUGUCUCAAGUUGAGAAAACCUCCUGUUUGCUUAAGUCCAGUGGCGAAAAUGCACAUUGUUAACUACACAUUGAAUAUUAUAAAAAAUCUUUGUGAUGCUACUGUUCCUAGUUGUAUUGGUGAUAUUGUAGAACGAAUAGAUUACUGUUUUCCAGAGAAACUUAAACCCUCUCCUCAAUUUUUGGAUGAGGUUCAAUCGCAAAUUGAUAAAGGCAAAAAGAAAACAUUGUAUAUUUCUGCUGAUAAAGCAUUUUCUUGUUUCAAGCUAGUAUUCCCACGCAUGGAACCAACUGUGUCCUUGUUCCUGACACAUCUAAUGGAACACAUUAUGGGUCAAAUCGUUCAGUGGGCUGUAAAUUACGAGUCGAAAAUUCAGUCAGGAUACAUUGAGGCUACAGAUGUCCAUCAUAUUUUCCGUUUAUUUGGAGCACCAAAACCGUCAAAAUCACCAGUUUGUUAUUCCCUUUCGCUCCUACCUAGAAAGUCUGCAGAUUACAAGGAUUAUGCAAAAGAGAUUCAAUAUUUGUUACGACUCAGUGUUCAGCAUCUUGGAAUCGUUGUACGCAUUUUUGGUGACUUACUUAUAGAAGAGCUAUCGCAUAUUCAGGUUGUUACGGAAUCACUUCUCACUGAAUGUGAAGAUACCCGUAAUAUUAACGUGACAGCUCGACGUCUACUAGAUGCUAUUAAAUCUGCUCAGCUUGUUUUUGAUCGUGCUUCAGAAGUGUAUAGUCACGUAACUGUACUAAGUGAAUGUAUCGAUGAUGCUUUUGAGGACCAAACCCGUCUAAUUGGUUCAUGUUUGAUAGAAGCUGCAGAAGACGGGACAUUUUACAACUUUGCACAUUAUGCAGAAGCACUUUUUAGUAGUGAUUGUCGUGAGUGGAUAAGUAUUUUAGCUCAAACACCUUGUAUAAUGCGGACAAUUUCAAAUGAAUUUCAUAAAAUCCUACAAGUCACACUUAGCAAUGCAUCUAGUCGUCGGCAAGCUGAGUUAAAAUUACGUUUUUCUGAUCCACACUCAUGUCAGUUAUGUACUACAAGUUUGGGUUAUGAUCCGAUCGUUUCAACAUCUUCCGGACCAUCUUCAGGUUCUUGUGUUAUACCCCAUCAUGUUGACAGUCCACAAUCGUACUGGUCGAAUAUGUUGACUGGGCAUUCUAAUUAUAGUGGUACAAGUACAAGUGUUAGCAGCGCAAGUAGUUCAGUUGACCGUGUUACUACUAUACCUGUACCUUUCAGUUCUAUUUUUACAAGUCAGGGAUUUAAUCAUUCUUCAUCUUUCACAUCGUUUACGAAUCCACGACAACCUAAGGCCACAGACCAUUUUUUACAUAGUAAUAUGAAGCAUAGUUCUGGUCAAAGGUCAGUUAGCAAUUCGCCAUCAUCUCUUUAUUCAUUUCAAAAAUCUAUACCAGAAUCUACAAAUCAUGACACCAAUCAUGGUCAAAUUACUGGAAUAACUGGUCUAUCUACAUCGUCUUCAUCGUCUGCAGUCAAUGAUGACAGCAUAAAAACUAAUCCUGAUAAUGAAUCAUCUAGUAUAAAUGAAAAAGGUUUCUCAGAUGAUACUGAUAACUUUUCUUCAGGACCUGGUUCAUUCAAGGAAAAUCAAGCUCAGUUAAUAGAACUUUUUAGUUGUAAUAAUAACUUGACUUUCAUUUUACCAUCUUGUAAUCAUAUGGUAAUUGCUUUUCGUUAUCUUCUACCUCAACUUCUGCUUUUGCCAAAUCUUCAAUUAUUACAACUAGCAGAUCAUAUUGAGGCUUUACAUGCUCAUGCAACUGAAGAAAAUGAACAAUCAACUCUCAAGGAUGUAAUAUCACUGUUAUCAAAAACUCGAUCCUCUGUAUCUAAUGCAUUAUCUAAUCAAGAUUGGGUGAAAUCUGUCUCUUCAAAGUUGGCUUUCUUCAUGAAAACCCCUUUCUGUCCUAAUAUCUAUCCAGCUGAAGGGAAAAAUAAAUUGGAGGAAUUGAUUGCUUCAGUUCGUCGCAUGCAACACUCUUCUGAACUCCCACUCGUUAUAUCCGAGUUUUUGAUGGAUGGCCCAGUACAAGUAAGAAUGGAUCAUGGCCGCUCAAAGAAAUCUGAACGAAUUGCCUACCUAUUUAAUAAUUGGCUUAUAUUGUGUAAAAAACAAAAACGUGUACUUGGUAAUGUGUCAAAUUCUUCGUCGUCAUCAUCAUCAUUAUGCACCAAUUAUGUGUUAAAAGUGAAAAAACGCAUUUGCCUAGAACAAUUUCAUAUCAUCGAUGUAGCUUCAGAAUUUAGUGAUAAUAAUGGUGUUUUAUUUCUCUUUGACUUGGAAUGCUGGGAAACUCCUAAAUUAUCGUCUGUUGUGUCUAAUUUACAAACAAAUAUGACUAGUUCAUUUAAUGCCAACAUACUUUCUUCGUGUAAUUCCUCUAUUAUACCACCAGAAACACAAUCUGUACUUUCUAGUUCAUCUCAUCAUCAACAUCAUCAUCAUCAUCCUCAUCAUUAUCAAUUUCAACUUGGCAGUGUAGAUUCUGUUUCAACUCUUACAAGUACUAACACACUCAUUAAUCAUACUGUUGAAAUCAAUAAUAUUGGAAAUAAUAAUAAUAAUAUUAAUAAUAGUAAUAAUGAAAAUGACAAAUUAUUAAUUCUACCAACAGCUGGUGAUGCAGCUGAAGCGUCAAACAAUGCUUUAUUAGAAGUGAUCUCAUCUUAUCCAAAACAACGUUUCACAUUUAUUUUUUAUAAUAAAGAAGAUAAAGCUAAUUGGAUGUCGGCUUUGAUAUAUCUCCAUUUAUCUAGGUUGUUUAAACGAUAUCUUACAUCUCUUCCUCGUCAAGAUGUUGCUUUGAUUUUACCAUCACCUUCAGUUUAUCGAUAUGCUGUUCCUGACUCUCCAUCGAAUAUUCUAUUAGAAUCUUCUUUAACAGAUGGUAGUGCAGGCAUUCCUACUAUUCGUGCUGCUACAAUUUUGAAGCUUAUUGAACGAAUGACAUAUCAUGAAUAUUUUGAUAAUAAAACUUUAAAUGCAUUUCUUUUGACAUACCGACGUUAUAUUACUUCGUUGGAAUUGUUGGAUUUAUUAAUUGAACGAUUUAAUAUACCAAAUCCUGAUUUUAUGGAAGCUGCUAAUGAAACAUUUAGUUCACUAAGUGAACGUGAUGGUUCAAUUACUGCUGCAUUACGUUUAGAGCAACGUUUUCGUUCAGUGUAUAAACGACGUGUACAAUACAGGGUUUUAAAUUUCAUUAUUAAAUGGGUGAAAAAUUCUUCAUAUUAUAAACUUGACAUACUACCAGAUGCCGUAUUACGUAGUAGAUUGUGGAGUUUUUUAGACACCGUAGAUGCUCGUAAUUUAUCAGACAAUGUGACAAAUAUUCGUAAAUCACUUCUUGGAGACAGAAUAAGAUUAAUUCAGACAAUUGAACAGCUUCCUCCUGAACAACUUGAUUUCGGUUUGGUUACAUCACCGAACGAUGUGAAAUUAACUACAGUUCAUCCUUUAGAGUUAGCACGUCAAGUUACACUGUAUGAAUGGGAAUUAUAUUCUCGCAUUGAAUUUUGGGAAGUUACUGGUAAAGAAAAAAUCAAAUCUCCCAAUUUUGAAGUAUCACUUCAGUUUUCCAAUAAGUUUAAAUGUUGGUUAGUUAGUUCGAUAAUGUCAGCUGAACAUUUAGAAGAUAGAAUGAUUAUUAUGCAACGUGUUGCUGAUCUACUUGUAUACUUUGAUAGUUUGAAUAAUUUACAAGGUGUUCAAGAAGCUAAAGCUGCUCUAUUAAGUUCUCCAGUAUUUCGACUCAGUGAAACUUACGAUGCUUUAAUCUCUAAAUCAAAAGGUCAUUAUCGUAACUUUUUCGAAUCAUUACGUCAGUUCGUUGAAGAUGAUAAUCCAAACGUGUAUUUCACUGAUUAUCAAGAGAAAUUGCAUCGAAUUCAUCCACCUGGUCUACCGUUUAUUGCAGUCGGGGAUAAAACACAAUUGAUACAUUUAGAAUUGAAGCAUCCAGAUUGGGUUAAUGCUUCUACAUUACCAUUUGCAACUGUACCAGAUAUACAAAAUUCUAAUGAUGGUUGUUUGGUUAAUUUUUGGAAAUGUCGUCAAUUGGCUGAACUUGUUGAGUAUUAUUUAUCGUUUCAACAAACUCCGUACAAUUUUUCUAUAAAUAAGUCUAUCCGUAGCUUCUUAGAGAAAUUAAAUCCAUUAAAUACAUGGGGUGUUGAUAGUGAGAAUUCAUUUGAUGAUAUAAUGUAUGAAAAAUCUUUGAAAAUUCAACCUAAACGAUCUGAUGCAUACUGUACGGUACCUCGUGAACGUAUCCUAAAGCCAGUAGAAAUAAAAAUUGCAGCUGCAUUAAGUCUUGUUCAACCUGAUCCUAAGCUAACUCCUGAUUCACGAGAGUUUCGUAAUCUUCUUCAAAUAAUUUCUACUGUUACAAAUUGUUCAUCCUCUUCAACUACAAUAUCUGAGAAUCAAUUUGUAAAAGAAUUUUCUGAUUUACCAGAUAAAGCUGUAGAACAGAUAAAUGAUAAGCCGAAUGCCGUUUCAGGUUUAAUAACAUCAACUGAUCCUUUUUCAUCUCUUCGUAGUUCCAAUGGUAGUUUAUCUCCAGUUUCAGAUAGUGAUAAACAUUUAAGUCAUUUGAAAUCAUGUAUAAUUGACACAUGUACUACCUCAUCUUCAUCACCUGAAACAUUUCUUCACGAUGGUAAUACUCAACAUACAUCACCUGACUUUCUUCUCGCUAAUGUUCAUAAAAAACUUGAUAAUACACAUACUGUAUGGGUUUCUUCACCACCGCCUCUACCUCCUCGAAUUAGCAGAUCCACGCACCAAUGUAUCCAAUCGAAACAGUUUAGUAAUCAGAUUUCAACUUUUCAAGAAUCCUCACAUGGUAUAACCAGUGCUAUGUUAUCAAAUAUCAAAGAUAUAUCACCUGCAGAAGGCUUCCCAGCCAACUUGAUCAUGAAUGCUACUCACAGUGAUAACUCACAAUCGCCACUAUACAUUUCCUUGGAAUCAGAAAAUCCUCCUACAAUCCAUAAGUCAGUUACAUGCGAUGAUAAUGAUCUUCCUCCAAGACCAUCUCGUCGUAAGCUAACUUAUGUGUCACCUAUAACAAGCGAAAAAAAUCCUUUUUGGUCGAAACUGAUCACUAAAGCCUCAGAUAACAACAAUAUCGUCACAAGUAAUUCAAUAGACACUGUAUCUGAUCGACCUAUUCUACCACCACGUAUUCAUCAUCAUGGCGGCGAAGUAGUACAUUCUGCUAGGUUAUUUAAGAAUAAUAGUCUAACAAUUCAAUGUAAUGAUACAUUUAAAGACGAAAAUUUAUGUUUAAAUUCUGAAUCAGCAAGUUUAUCUCGUAUUUCACCAACACAGAACUUGACAAAUUUGAAUCAUUCCUCCUGCUCCCCCACCUCAUCAUCAUUAUCACCACCACCUCCAUUGCCACCGAAGAAAUCAGUUACUCCAAAUACUUCAAAUAUGUAAAUAGAUAUAUUUUAUUUCAUCCGGUUUGUCAUUGUAUAAAUUGUCAUAUUAUCUUGAAUACAAAUCCUGUUUAGUAUUUUUCUUUUUCACAUAUACACCGAAUGUAAAAUUAAACUUCUUUGUCAAUAAAUACGAUUCAAGAAUAUAUUAUUGCUUUUGUUAUUCUCUGUGUAUAUGAAAAACAAACAUUUUGUACAUUAUAUGUGUAUAUUUAUAUAUAGCUGACUAGACUUGUUAAUAUUUCUGUCUAUUUGGUAAUUUUCCAAUUUAGAUUUUUUCUAUGCCUUUUUUGUAUUCUUUCAUUUUUGUUAUUCUUGUACAGAAAUCAAUAUAUAUAUAUAUAUAUAUAUAUAUAUAUAUAUAUAUACUUAUUUGUGUAUAUGGCUGUCUUUUUUCUUUUAAAAAAAGACAUGCUCAUUUCUCUAUAUUAUUACUAUCAUGUGAUGUAAUUGAUUCCCGCCCUCUCCCCCUGCAUCUCUCUCUCUCUCUGUGGCUUUCUUUUCAACUGUAAUUAAUGAUGUAUAUUAAUAUGAGUGAGUGUUAUAAACUAAUCUGUCCGUUUGUCUAUCCUAUUAGAGAUGCCGUUUAGAUAAACGCACACUCUGCUCUUAUCUAUAUACAUAUUUACACUAUACUCUGUGUAAUCUGAAAUGUAAUAGCUUUAAAUUAUUUUUAUUCAGUAUAAAUUUGUACUUAUUGUGAAUUGUAUACAUAAUCUUCUGUGUAAACUAAUUUAUUAUUUGAAUAAAUCACACUUUUUGUAUUUUCUACUGUUAUUAUUAUUAUUAUUAUUGGUACGAUUCAUAAUUUUCGUCUUAAAACAUUCAAAAAAGCCAAAAUUUCUGAGUGUACAGUUUCUUUGUUUAUUUGACAGAAAUGACAAUGAUUUUAUAGUAAGAAUAGACAAUGUUGUACAUAUUCUGCUGGCGGGGGUGGUGGGCUGGUGGGUAGAACGAUAUCUGGAGGGAUCAGCAACAUUGACAUUUUUAAUCCGUUCAUGAAACCAACUCAUUCAUACUUGAUGAUGUUAACUAGUUUGAAUUAGAUGACACUUGAUGAUGAUUUCCACCUGAGUUCAUAAAAUUCCUUUAGUUGUACUUGUUCUACUGAUAAUAAUUGGUUUAGUUGGUUUUGUUAUAAUUGUUAAACGAAAAGAGAUGUUGUAUUAUUUC